AUGGUCCACUUCCGGACAGAUAUUGGCGCGACGAAUGAAGCGGCGGAUCCGAAUAAUGAGAACUAUGCAAAAGAGCUCGAGACUGAUGUGCUGAUCGUAGGUGCUGGCUUCGGCGGCAUCUACCUAAUGCACAAGCUUCGCCAACAGGGUUUCAAAUGCAAGAUUAUGGAGGCUGGUACCAACAUUGGUGGUAUAUGGCAUUGGAACUGCUAUCCUGGAGCUCGAGUCGAUUCUCAGGUUCCUAUCUAUGAGUACAGCAUGCCUGAGAUCUGGCAGGAUUGGAACUGGUCGUGCAGAUAUCCCGGUACGGAAGAGCUCCAAAAGUACUUUGACCACGUCGAGAGAAAGUUGGAUAUUAAGAAGGACUGCGCAUUCAACACCAGGGUUGUCGGCGCACAAUUCGACAAGCCUUCAUCGAAGUGGGUGGUGAAGACAGAAGACGGUCGCACAGCGCGCUGCAAAUAUUUCCUCUUGGCCCUAGGUUUCGCGGCAAAGCGCCACUUUCCCGAUUGGCCAGGUAUGGACAAAUUCAAGGGAGAGAUCCAUCACAGCUCAUUCUGGCCUGCAUCUGGAGUAGAUGUCACGGGCAAGCGUGUUGCCGUCAUUGGAACUGGGUCGACCGGUGUCCAAAUCGCCCAAGAGACUUCGAAAACGGCCGCAAGUAUAACGCAAUUUGUUCGAACGCCGAACCUUUGCCUGCCUAUGCAGCAAAAACCUCUGACCAAAGAGGAGCAGGACAAGCGGAAACAAGGAGAAUAUCAGGAGAUCUUCAAGAGAAGGCUGACAACGUUCGCUGGCUUCCAGUACGAUUACAUUGAGAAGAACACAUUUGACGACUCGCCUGAGGAGCGCGAAGCGUUCUACGAGAAGAUGUGGGAGAACGGUGGUUUUGAGUUCUGGCUGGCAAACUACAAGGACUUGUUAUUUGAUAACAAGGCCAACCGCGAAGCCUACAACUUCUGGGCCAAAAAGACGCGUGCCCGGAUAACAGAUCCAGAGAAGCGUGAGAUUCUUGCGCCUCUGGAGCCCCCACACGCAUUUGGCACAAAGCGACCGAGUCUGGAACAAAACUAUUAUGAGAUGCUCGACAAGCCCGAGAACAAGGUUGUCGACGUGAACAAGAAUCCGAUCAAGGAAGUUACAGAGAAGGGCAUUGUGCUAUCUGACGGUACGCUUCACGAGUUUGAUGUCAUCGCCCUCGCAACCGGCUUCGACUCAGUGACUGGUGGAAUGAAGAACAUGGGACUUAAGGAUGUUGACGGCGUUGAACUGUCGGAAAAAUGGAAAAACGGUACUUACUCGUACCUGGGUAUGAGUUUGAGCGGGUUCCCUAACUGCUUCUUCCUCUAUGGCGCCCAGGGUCCGACGGCGUUUUCCAACGGACCCACGUGCGUUGAGGUCCAGGGAGACUGGAUCGUGGAUGCCAUGGUCAAGCUUCGAGAGCAAGGUAUCAACUACUGCGACGCCACACACGAAGCAGAGAAGGAAUGGCGGGAGAAGAUCACUGAGCUCUCCGAUAAGACGCUGUUCCCGCAGACCAAGUCGUGGUACAUGGGCGACAACAUUCCUGGCAAGCUUCGAGAGCAGUUGAACUUUGCGGGCGGGUUCCCAUUGUACAGUGAAAUGACGCGGAGUGUGCUGGAUAAGGGCUUUGAGGGUUUUGUUACUGCGUAG